AUGGGUGUGGAAAGGCGCGGCAACGCGCCCAAGUUCAUGGGGGUGUCACUCCGGAGUCUGUCAUUGAGCACUCUGACAGUACAAUUCUCCACCUUCAUUUUGCUCCUGCAUUAUUCGCGGGUUAUGCCCACCGCUGACGGACACCGAUAUCUUCCUUCAACGGCCGUCUUUCUAGUCGAAGCCCUCAAAUUGGCAGUAUGCCUGACAAUAUCGCUCUACGAAAUCUCCCUCUCAGUUCCCAGAUCCAUGCCCGCGACUUCCCUCCUCGAGACAUUGGGUAGUGCCAUUUUCGCCGGCGACAGCUGGAAAAUGGCUUUCCCGGCUGGACUUUACACACUGGCGAACAGUCUGCAGUACAUUGCAAUAUCUAAUCUGGACGCCGCGACCUUCCACGUCACAUACCAGUUCAAGAUCUUUGUCACGGCAGUUUUGAGCGUCUUGCUUCUGCGGAGAACCAUUUCGGGACGACAGUGGCUGUCUCUGAUCCUGCUUAUGCUGGGAGUUGCAAUCGUCUCGCUCCCUCACGGUUCGUCAGGAUCCCUAGCUGCAAGCCACCAUACGAGAAUCUACCUUCCACGGUCAUCGAACCCUCUUCGAGAGCAUUUCCGGAUGGCGGAGCCCGGUUCCCAUCUCAAAAAGAGAUCGGCAACGUAUGAAGGUAUCGAAGAAGACGAGCUCGCUUUGAACACGCCCGGCAUGGACGCAUCUGUUGGACUGUUUGCAGUUCUGGGUGUUUGCAUGUGUUCGGGGCUAGCCGGCGUGUAUUUUGAAAAGGUUAUCAAAGAGUCGCCAAAGAAUACGUCCCUCUGGAUCAGAAAUGUGCAACUGUCGAUAUAUUCUCUCUUUCCGGCAUUCUUUAUUGGAAUCGUCUUUCUUGACGGCGAAACAGUUGCAAAGUAUGGUUUUUUCGCGGGUUAUAACUGGGUGGUGGUGGCGUCAAUUGUCAUCCAGUCCUUUGGUGGCAUCGUCGCGGCGUUCUGCAUUUUUUAUGCCGAUAACAUUUCGAAGAACUUCGCUGUUAGCAUCAGUAUGGUCCUCAGCAGUCUGGCCAGUUUCAUGUUCUUUGACUUUGCCAUGACCGGACAUUUUUUGAUUGGAGCCUCGAUAGUCCUCGUCGCCACUUGGGUCUAUAAUUCCGAAGAAGCUCGGCUCCUACAAACUCUAGCAGUCGGGGUCAACGAGAAGGAGAAAUUAUCACUUAAUGGUACAGCGACGUGGAACGAUAUGUCUAUCCAGAUCCCCAAAACUCCUCUCAUUCAAGAAGAGACAGCCCUGGCGACGUCGAGACCAGGUUCACCAAGCCACAAAAAGAGGAAUAAAGAGCCUCUCGGCUAUUUUCCGAAGCAUCAUGAUUGA